UUGACAGUUCCCACCGCUCCAAUUGUAUAUAAAUACACACACCAAACGAAGGAAAGUGUGUGCUCCGAAAACCAAUUCUUCCUUCUUCCCUCUAAUCACACACAUUUGUGUGUGUAAUUUCUCAAAACCCACCUCCAUUUCCCUUCAAUUUCACGAUGGGAAGUGAUCAAAAGAUGAUGAUGAAGGUCAAUAUAAAGAAAUCAUCCAUCAUUCCUCCUUCAGAACCCAUUGCAGACUGUCCUAAGCAGCUAUGGACCUCCAAUUUGGACUUGGUUGUGGGUAGAAUCCAUAUUCUAACUGUUUAUUUCUACAGACCAAAUGGAUCUGCGAAUUUCUUCGAUCCAAACGCUAUGAAAAAGGCGCUCGCCGAUGUGCUCGUCUCGUUCUAUCCGAUGGCAGGGCGAUUGGAUAGAGAUGAGAGCGGCAGAAUCGUAAUUAAUUGUAACGGCGAGGGAGUUCUGUUCGUAGAAGCGGAGUCCGAUUCCACCUUGGAUGACUUUGGCGAGUUCACGCCAUCACCGGAAUUCCGCAGUCUUACUCCGACUGUUGACUACUCCGGCGACAUUUCUUCCUAUCCGCUAUUUUUCGCACAGGUAACACAUUUUAAAUGCGGAGGAGUUGCUCUCGGUUGUGGUGUAUUUCACACGCUCUCAGACGGUCUAUCGUCCCUCCAUUUCAUCAACACAUGGUCUGACAUGGCCCGCGGGCUCUCAGUAGCCAUACCUCCGUUCAUUGAACGGACACUGCUAAAAGCCCGCGAGCCACCAACCCUAACAUACGACCAUGUAGAAUACCACAAACCGCCUUCGAUGAGCCCGACUGCUCAAAAACGAGGUGCGGGCUCAUCCACCACCAUGCUAAAGCUAACCCUAGACCAACUCAACACUCUCAAACUCAAAGCCAAGAGCAACGGCGGUCAAACUCAUAGCACGUACGAAAUCCUAGCCGCUCACAUAUGGCGGUGCGCGUGCAAGGCCCGUGGGCUCCCAAACGACCAAUUAACCAAACUGUAUGUAGCCACAGACGGGAGGUCGAGACUCAGUCCCCGCCUCCCGCCGGGCUACCUUGGCAACGUGGUGUUCACUGCCACCCCCGUUGCCAAAUCAGGUGAUCUUACAUCGGGAUCAUUGUCGAACACUGCAAAACUUAUUCAUGCCACACUGACGAAAAUGGAUGAUGAUUAUUUGAGAUCGGCGAUUGAUUAUUUGGAGUCGCAAAAAGAUAUCUCGGCCCUGAUUCGUGGCCCGAGUUACUUUGCGAACCCGAAUUUGAAUAUCAACGCGUGGACCAGGUUACCGGUCCACGACGCUGAUUUCGGGUGGGGCCGACCGAUUUUUAUGGGACCCGCGUGCAUUUUAUAUGAGGGAACUGUGUAUGUUUUACCGAGCCCGAAUAACGAUAGAAGUGUGUCAUUAGCGGUGUGUUUAGAUGCAAAUGAGCAGCCACUUUUUGAGAAGUUUUUGUAUGAAUUGUAAGGUUUUGUGACCAUACAAAAUCUUGGCAAUUUGUUUGUUUGUGUUUUUUUUUCUAUUUUAUUUGUUCUUUUUUUAUGUAAUAAUAAAAUGUAAUGGCAGUCCAUGUGAAUGAAAAGCCUGGUUGAGGGUUUUUGUACAUGAAAAAUGUUUGACUUUGUGUAUAAUUUUGAAGUCAGGAGCUUCAUGAUGUAAAUGAGG